ACAGGUUGAAGAUGACUGUGGCACAAGCAACAGCAGCAGCAGCAAAUAGUGCGGAAGAUUUUCCCGAAGAUGUAAAGGAAAUGAUGGCUCGUACUCGAAAGAAUCCCAUUUCGUUGUUUCUGGAGAUGUAUAUGCAGAUAUUCAAGGAAUCGCCAAAAGUUUUUGUUCAACUGAUUCCGGGUGAAACGAAGGGAGCGUUUAUGUUCGCAGCUUCUGUCCGCAUUGGUGACAUAGAAGUGACGGGAUUUCCUCAUCGUACGAAGAAGGUUGCAAAAAUGGACUGCUUCGUGAAAGGCAUCAAGAUCCUCUGUGAACAGUUCUCAAUGGAGAUCGCUAAGGGCUCGAUGGAUAUAGAGUUCAAGCAGGAAACCACGUUUUUCGAGCUUCUUCGCAAGCAUACCUAUUCAAAAUUCUACAAACUCAGCUCUUCGCAGCCAGAAAGUAUUUUGUCUGAUAAAGUGAUUGCAAGCAUAUUCUUGGUUACGAGAACCAGUCAGAACAGCAGUGCGAACAUCAUCUCUCUGGCGACGGGAAACAAGGGCCUUAGAGGGGACUGUCUGAGUCUACAUGGUUGCAGCGUGAAUGACUGCCAUGCGGAAGUUAUCGCACGAAGAGGGUUGUUGCGGUUCCUGUAUGCUCAAGUAUUGCUGUACGCAAAAGAUCCUUCCAAGUCAAUCUUUGUAAAGAAUAACAGCACUGGGAAGCUUGCAUUGCGAAAGGGCCUCUCUUUCCAUAUGUUUGUCAAUACCGCCCCAUGCGGAGAUGCCCGCGUUUACUCCUUGAAUGAUGUGACUCUUACCAAUGCUAAAGAAGCUGAAACCAACAGUCUUCUUCGUUUUAAAGUGGAAAAUGGGAUGGGUACCGUACUGGGUCGAUUUCCCGAAACACUUGUACCCCAGACUAUCGAUGGUGUUAUGGGAGGAGAGCGUUUGCGCACGAUGUCAUGCAGCGAUAAAAUGUUGCGCUGGAAUGUUCUAGGACUGCAAGGAGGACUGCUUUCUCUAUUCAUUGAUCCGAUCUACCUCUCCUCUUUGGCAGUCGCUGAUAAGUCUGAUACGAAACGUCUAGAAAGAGCGCUUUAUCAACGUAUUGACGGUUUCAAGCCAUCAGCUCCUUUUCAUUUGAACAAACUGCUCAUAGGAAAAUGCCAGGACGAACCGAAUACUCGCGAAGCUACAACGGGUUCGCCCAUAUCUGUCAAUUGGAAUCUUGCUGAUAACUCAGUGGAGGUUCUGCGAACUAGUCUUGGUCUAAUUGAUGUGCCUUCUGCUGAAAAACAAGUCUCGCGACUGUCAAAAAAGGAUAUGUCGAUGCUUUUCAAGAAGGUCUGCGAAGCGGUUGGAUCACCUGUACCCAAUGGAUUUACAUAUGAAAAUCUCAAGGUUCACUGCAAGCCACACUAUCAGGCAAAGUUAGCUCUGGAGGCUUGGUUGCGGGAACACAAACUGGGAAUGUGGCAGUCGAAACCUGAAGAGGUGUCUAUGUUUACUGUAUAAAUAAGGAAUACGUGCGUAUGUAACUGCCAUGCCAGACAUUCUUUGUCAGUCACAAUCAUUAUCGUUAUCUAGGGAUUUUCUGUUUUUUUUAAUCUAUUUGAUCUCCACUAUUCUCUGACAAAUGUAUUACAUAACUAACCAAUUUAUAUGGCUGGGUUGCAUCUUAAAUGCAUUCUUUGUUGUAAACUUCGUGUUGUUAUUAUGUAAG